CUUACAUGUUUUGGCCUACAUGGGUGUUCAUAUUUAUUGUCUUUCUUGUUUCUUGAUUAUGGUUUUUGUUUUUUUGGGUUGUUGCUAGCUUUAGAUUUUUGUUGUGUGCGUAUGUGGGAAUGCAGGUGGAUUUUAAUGGUCAAUUGUCUCUUGUUUUAGGCUCUUAAAUGUUUUUUGCCUUCAUGGGUGUUCCUUAUUUAUUGUCUUUCUUGCCUCUUGAUUAUGUUUUUUUUUUUUUGGUUGUUGACAGCUUUAAACUUUCAUUGUGUUUUUACAUUCAUGGGUGUUGUUUAUUUAUUGACUUUUUUGUUUCUUGAUUAUGUAUUUUUGGGUGCUGCUAGCUUUAGACUUUGAUUGUGUGUGGUUAUCUUUGUGGUAGAGGUUUGAGCUUUUUUCUUGAAUUGGGAAUGUAGGUUGAUUUUAAUGGUUAGUUGUCUCUUGUUUUAGGCUCUUACAUUUCUUGAUUAUGUUUCUUUUGGGGGUGUUGCUAGUUUAGACCAGUGGCGACCCAGGAUUAAAGGAUUGUGGGUGUUUACUACAGAAAAAAAUAAAAAUCGCCUCAGCCAGGUUUGAACCCAGGACACGUACCAAUGGAGAGCCUUAAGAUCAACCUAAAUGUCAAUGCACCCAACCAACUUCGGUGUGCUUUUAUAUUACUUAUACCUAUUUUCGUAUAUUUUCUAUGUAGUUAUACCUAUUCCGCGCCGAGUUUAAUGGGUGCCGGAGCACCACAUAAAUAUGCGUAGGUCCGCCCCUGGCUUAGACUUUGAUUGUGUACUUAUAUUUGUGGUUUUGAAUUGGUUGAUGAUUUUAUGUCCUUGUGAUGGCUUCCAAGAAGAUAAUUGCAAUAUGUCAAUCUGGAGGAGAGUUUGUGACAAACAAUGAGGAUGGUUUUUUGACAUAUACAGGUGGAGAGGCUUAUGCUUUGGAUAUCGAUGACCAGACAGUUCUAGCGGACUUUAAGAAAGAAGUAGCAGAGAAUUUUCAGUGUGGCACUGAAGGAAUGACUAUAAAAUAUUUUCUCCCUGGGAAUAAGAAGACUCUCAUUACUAUAUCCAAAGAUAAGGACCUCAAGCGUAUGAUUAAUUUUGUCAAGGAUUCUGACCAAGUUGAGAUCUUCAUAAUUUAUGAUAAAGCUGUUGUGAAAAAUACACCCAUUGUCUCGGGCAGUAGGUCGACAACUGCGUCAGAGGCAGGUCUUACUCCUGCUACCCCUGUAGAUAUGAUUCAUUGUGAUGAUCUGCUUGGUGCUGAUGCUGCCAUUGAUAACACUCCCCUGGGUGUCUAUCCUGGCAGCAAUGAUGAGAACAAUGAGAAGACUCGCAGAGCAGCUACACAAUGGGAGAAUACAAUAACUGGCGUUGGUCAGAGGUUCAAUAGUUUUGCUGAAUUUCGUGAAGCUCUUCAUAAAUAUUCAAUUGCCCAUGGAUUCACUUACAGGUAUAAGAAAAAUGAUAGUCGCAGGGUAACUGCUAAAUGCAAGGUUGAAGGAUGUUCUUGGUGCAUAUAUGCAUCAAGGUUGCCUACCACUCAGCUUAUAUGUAUCAAGAAAAUGAAUGGAAAGCAUACAUGUGAUGGGGCUGCUGUUAAAGCUGCCUACCGAUCAACGAGGGGAUGGAUGGGAAGUAUAAUAAAGGAAAAGUUGAAGGUUGCUCCGAACUACAAGCCAAAGGAUAUAGCAAAAGAUAUUGAGCGUGAAUAUGGCAUUCAGUUGAACUAUUCUCAGGCAAGGCGUGCAAAAGAGAAGGCAAGAGAACAGCUUCAGGGUUCAUUCAAAGAAGCGUACAGUCAGUUACCUUUAUUUUGUGAGAAAAUUAGAGAAACUAAUCCUGGUAGUGUUGCUACAAUUGUCACUAAGGAGGGCUCAAGUUUUCAUCGCCUGUUUAUUGCAUUUCAUGCCUCAAUAUCUGGUUUCCAGCAAGGUUGCCGGCCUCUUCUUUUCCUGGACAGCACUCUUCUCUAUGCAAAAUAUCAAGGAACACUUUUGGCUGCCGUAGGUGUAGAUGGGAAUGAUGGCGUCUUUCCAGUAGCCUUUGCAGUUGUAGAUGAGGAGACCAAUGACAACUGGCAUUGGUUUCUUUCAGAACUAAAAUCUGCUGUCUCAGGAUCGUGUCCAAUAACUUUUAUUUCUGAUUUCCAAAGAGGGAUAAGAGAGUCUUUGCAAAAUGUCUUUGGUGAAGAGUGUUACCACGGUUUUUGUCUGCGUUACCUUGCAGAGAAACUUAAUAAUGAUUUAAAAGGGCAGUUUUCGCAUGAAGCUAGACGCCUUAUGAUCCAAGAUUUAUAUGCUGCUGCUUGUGCCCCAAAACGUGAGUCUUUUGACCGCUGUGUUGAGAAUAUUAAAGCUAUCUCACCUGAAGUUUACAAUUGGGUCACUAGAAGUGAGCCCGAACACUGGGCAAAUGCCUUUUUUUGUGGGGCAAGGUAUGACCACUUGACAUCCAAUUUUGGGCAGCCUUUCUAUGAUUGGGUUGCAGAGGUGAAUGAGCUGCCAAUAACUCAAAUGGUUGAUGUAUUACGUGGUAAAAUAAUGGAAUUGAUCUAUACUAGGCGUGUUGAAUCCAGUCAGUGGGUUACUACGUUGACACCUUUGAUGGAACAAAAACUUCAAAGUGAAACAUCAAGAGCGAGGUCACUUCACCUGUUACCCUCAUAUGGCAGCAGAUAUGAAGUGCGUGGUGAAUCUGUCGAAUUAGUUGAUACUGAUCCAUGGGAUUGUAGUUGCAGAGAGUGGCAGAUUAAUGGGUUGCCUUGUUGCCAUGCUAUUGCUGUUUCUGAAAGCCUAGGAAGGAGCCCCUAUGAGCAUUGCUCCCCAUACUUCUCAACUGAGAGUUACCAUGCAACAUAUGCCGAAUCAAUCAACCCUAUACCUCAUUUGGAAAAACCAAUUAAAGGUGAACCAGAUAUGGAGCAUACUGUCAUCGUUGUUACUCCUCCACCAACAAAACGUCCACCUGGUCGACCAAAGAUGAAAAAGGUGGACACUUUUGACAUAGUCAAACGUCAAAUGCAGUGCAGCAAGUGUAAGGGCCUAGGCCACAAUAAGAAGACAUGCGGGAAGGUGAAUAAUAUUGAAGAGCAAGACCCUCUAGUUGAUGAACAAGACCCUCUACUUCUCAAUGGCUUGGUAACUGUAGAGCUUGAAGAGAAUGCAGAAUCAAUGGAAUUGGAAUCUUCUUUUCCAAUGUAGUUAAAACUUACAUAAUUAGAUACAUUUGAUAGAGAUAUCAUUUAGGACAAGAGUUGAUAGAAAGAUUUUAGGUAGGUCUUCUCUCCCUAGUUUGGUGACAUUUUAUUGUAGUUGCUUUUUGUUAGUCAGAUCUUUUUUUGUUUAUAAAGCUGUGCUUUGCUAA